AUGACGACCCCCGAGCAGAACCCCCCAGCAAAGCGCAUCAAGCGCGAGGAGUACCGUCGCGAGCUGGCAGCGCAGCAGUCCGCUGACGAUGGCUCCGUUAUCAAGAUGCCGCAGAAGAAAUUCUUCCGCCAGCGUGCGCAUGCGAAUCCCUUCUCCGACCACAAAUUGGAAUAUCCCCUCAGCCCUGCGCACAUGGAUUGGUCUUCGCACUAUCCUGCCUUCGUAGACUCGGACCCCACCAAGACGACCCUCAGCGGCGCGCGCAAACUCACCAAGGAUGUCGAGGUCGUGGAUAUCGGUUGUGGAUUCGGUGGUUUGAUGAUUGGACUCGCGCCAUUGCUACCAGAUACCCUGAUGGUUGGAAUGGAAAUUCGCACAUCCGUGCUCGAGUACCUGAGUUCGCGCAUCCACGCACUCCGCAGCCAACAGCAGCGUCUAAAGAACCGAGCCGAUCAACCAGCCUCAGAGCAGCCGCAGCCCGAGACCGCCGAAGCCGCAGCACCAGUCCACGAUGACCUCGUCGGCACCACACAAAUUUACCCCGGCAACUUCGAAAACAUCACUGCAAUCCGCAGCAAUACGAUGAAGUUCUUGCCCAACUUCUUUGGCCACCAUCAAUUGUCGAAGAUCUUCAUCUGCUUCCCGGACCCGCACUUCAAGGCGAGGAAGCACAAGGCGCGCAUUGUCUCUGAGUCUCUGAACACGGAGUAUGCGUUUGUGCUGCGGCCUGGUGGUUUGCUUUAUACAAUUACCGAUGUGGAAGAGUACCACUACUGGGUUCUGAAGCAUUUCCUUAACCAACCCGAGGAUGGCACGCCUCCCCCUAGCAGCAAGGAUUUGUUCGAGCGAGUUUCAGAUGAAGAGCUCGAGGCGGAUCCUUGUGUGCGGGUCAUGAAGUUCGAGACGGAGGAAUCGAAGAAGGUUACGCGCAACAACGGAAAGAAAUUCGUUGCUGUUUUCAGACGCAAGGCGGACCCGGAGUGGCCUGCGUAA